ACUAGAGGGAUAUUUCGUUUUUGUUUUCUGGUUCUGCGCGCCCUUUUUACACAGAGGGAUAUUAUUUCCCGCGAAUUCGUAUCAGAAGGUAUCCGUUCAAUAGAUUUUCUUAAUCUGAAGAAGAAUAUGGCACAAUUAUCUCCAUCUGAAAUGGCUGCUGUGUAUAGGAAGAUGCUCGAGGCUGUAAUGCACGACAGCAGAAAAUUACCAAAAGGAAGUUCAAACCUGAAGAAGUUGGAGGAGAGACAGAGGAAUCAGAAUGAUGAGACCGAGGAAUGUUCGAUGGUAGAUCAAGUUGCAAAGGAUCUUGGAAUACAUAUCGUGAUGGAAAAGGAGAAAAAGGAAUCAAUCCUUCGUUUGAUUUCACAAAUUUCAUGUCAGCGUACGUGUCAACUGAACCUAUGUUUGUCAAACUUGAUAAACAUGAUGCUUUGCUGUGUUGGAGCUCAUUGAAUAGCAGCACCAACUGCCAUCUCUUCACCCAAACUUUAUUUCUUGUUUUGUUUUUUCCUUUGGUGUAAACUGCUUGCUGUAUUAUCUUUAAGCUCACUUAAUUCUAUAUGCGCACAUCUCAUUUUCAUCAACCAGUUUACUGUGUUGGCGUGCUUCCUGAGAUUAUAAAUCUGCAUAACUAUUUUUGUGUA